GUGCGUGACAGCGUGAGCGUGCGCGCGUGCGUGUGCGUGUGGCACACAUAUAUAAAGAGGAAACGGCGAUUAGGAGAACGGGGACGGGAGCAGCGGUGCAGCAGCGGCGGGGGAGCCUAGUACUACGUCGAGCUUUGCCAGGUCGUCAACGAUGAUGAGUUCUCGCGCGGCGUCGGCGUCGGCGGCGGCGGUGGCCGGAGGCGAACAUCGCCGUCAGCACGCCACGGUGGGGUACGGUGGGCUGCCGCGGCCCAUCAGGCCUGUUCUGGGCGAAGCGGGCCCACGGCCUGGGACGCCGAGGCCGGGGGGUCCUGCUCCUGCAGCUGCAGCUGCAGGCGGCUCGCGCUCGUCGCCGUCGGGGCGCGUGGAGCGGUCCGAGUGCAACUGGUGGGGCGCUGGCGCGCGGCAGCACCAGCAGGCGACGGCCGCGGCGCCGCGGCGGCCGAGGAGCAGCAGGGGCGCGGGCGCAUGCGCGCGCGUGCCCACGGGGAAGGGGAACCGGGAGCUGGUGAGGCGGGCGCUCGCGCCGCCCGCCGCGCGCGGCCGGGGACGCGGCGGACCCGUCCUGAUGAGGAAGUGGAGCUUCCGGCCCGCGCCCAGCCGGCUGCGCAACGCGUCGGCGUCGUCGCUCUCCUCGCACUCGCAGUCCCCUGCCUCGCCACGGCCACGUCCGUCGUGAUCGAUCGUCGCGACCAAAUUCUUUGAUUCGUCUUUAGUGGAAAAGAAAUAUUUGAUCUGUACAGCAGUUUGUAGUUUUUUUUUUUUCUAAACGCAGUUCAGAAUUUUGACCAGCUUCUCAUGUUUAGUGGAAUGGUUGAUUGUACCUAGCAAUCGGUUUAUGCAAAUGCUUCAAUUCGGAAUUUCGGAUC